AGGAAUUCACACUGAUUUCGUUGAAUUCAAUCGCAGUGAGCGAGUGCAAAUAUUGACCACGGGCCUCAGACUGAACUGUCAUGUCGUCUGUCGAGUCUCUGUUCAAGAUAGCAGUGCCAGAUCACAAGUUGAAAAUUCUUCGAGAAAAACUGGAGCUUGUUACUUUUCCGGACGAGCUUGAGGAGGUUGGCUGGAAGUAUGGGGUACCUUUGGUGGAUAUGCGUCGAUUAGUAUCUCGUUGGAGGCAAGGGUUUGAUUGGAGGCAAGAAGAAGAGAAUAUCAAUAACACGUUGCAUCAAUUUACAAGAGAUAUCCAAGUUGACGAAACACACGGGACUCUCAACAUUCACUAUGUGCACCAUAGGAGCUCGAUUGAAGGCGCAAUACCUCUUCUGUUCAUUCACGGGUGGCCCGGGAGUUUUAUUGAAGCAACCAAGUUGAUCCCACUCCUUACGCAACCUGAAUCGACGGAUUUCCCCAGCUUUCACGUCGUCGUCAUGAGCUUGCCCGGUUAUGGGUUUAGUGAAGCGCCUAAAAAACCAGGAUUUAAUGCAUCUAGACAUGCAGAGGUCGGUCAUAAACUUAUGAUAGCUCUAGGUUAUGAGGAAUAUGUGACUCAGGGCGGCGAUUGGGGAUUCUAUAUAACUCGUCGUUUGGCUCAAAUGUAUGGGAGGACCAAUGUCAAAGCUUGGCAUACCAACUAUCCCAGCGCCGGUGCUGUUGCACCAACACUAUCGCAACCACUCCUCUAUGUUAAACACCUUUUCACCCCAUAUAGCGCUGCCGAGAAAGCCGGCUUGGAGCGGACGAACUGGUUUCUUACGGAAGGUAUGGGGUACAACCAUGAGCAGUCAACUCAGCCGCAAACGCUGGGUUACGCAUUGGCCGAUUCUCCUGUCGGCCUUCUUGCCUGGAUCUAUGAGAAACUGAAGAAUUGGACCGACAGUUAUCCUUGGAGUGAUGAUGAAAUAUUGACGUGGGUCUCAUUGUAUUACUUUUCAAGGGCAGGUCCUGCAGCGUCGUUAAGAAUAUAUUACGAAGCUACGAAAGCUGGCGAUCGUGUCGUCCCACCAUCGGCUAAACCUAUUAUUCCCAUGGGUGUAUCUCACUUUCCCAAAGAACUCCGUCGGGCUCCUGUAACGUGGAUCAUGAAUGUGGGACAUCUCGUAUUUUCGUCUGAACACACAAGCGGAGGACAUUUUGCUGCUCACGAAAAACCGUUCGAGCUUGCAGCUGACUUGAGAAAGAUGUUCGGAAGGAAAGGGAUUGCAUAUGGCGUGAUUCCAAGUAGAGACGGAUAUCGCUCAAGUGAAGGAACUUGAUAUAUGUACAUAUAACUUGAUAACUGGUACUGACCAUGGUGGUAACCGAAAUCACUCGAGCGAUU